AUGUCCAUAGCCCUGAAGCAGGUGUUCAACAAGGACAAGACCUUUCGGCCCAAGAGGAAAUUUGAACCUGGCACACAAAGGUUUGAGCUCCACAAACGGGCCCAGGCAUCCCUCAACUCGGGUGUGGACCUGAAGGCGGCAGUGCAGCUGCCUAGCGGGGAAGACCAGAAUGACUGGGUGGCUGUACAUGUGGUGGACUUCUUUAAUCGGAUCAACCUCAUCUACGGCACCAUCUGUGAGUUCUGUACCGAGCGGACCUGCCCUGUGAUGUCAGGGGGGCCCAAAUAUGAGUAUCGGUGGCAAGACGACCUCAAGUACAAGAAGCCGACUGCACUGCCUGCUCCUCAGUACAUGAACCUUCUUAUGGAUUGGAUCGAGGUCCAGAUCAACAAUGAGGACAUAUUUCCUACAUGCGUAGGUGUUCCUUUCCCAAAGAACUUCCUUCAAAUCUGCAAGAAGAUCCUAUGCCGCCUUUUUCGGGUCUUUGUCCAUGUCUACAUCCACCACUUUGACCGGGUCAUUGUGAUGGGUGCAGAGGCCCAUGUCAACACCUGCUACAAACACUUCUAUUACUUCGUCACAGAGAUGAACCUCAUAGACCGCAAGGAGCUGGAGCCCUUGGUGAGUGUCACUGUGCAGCUGUGGUCCCCGAGUUACCUCAGGAGCUCAGCCAUUUGUCACACUACACGCCAGACCCGUGGAAAGUGCUCACUGAAGGUUAGCUGUUAG